AUGUCCCUCAAAGUUUUAAGCGCCGGCUGUCUGUUAUGGCUUUUUCUUAUAGGAAUAGUGAGAAGCGAUGAUGAAAGCAGGAUUUCAUUCACGUCUGAUGAAUUGAAAAAGGACGGCCUGGCUGAUGCUGUUAAUGAUUUUGGUUACAAGAUAAUGACCAAAAUGAUAAAUGAGAAUUCUGAUAAAAACAUCGCUUUAUCCCCAACUGGUGUUGCCGGUUUACUAGCCAUGAGUCUACUGGGCAGCGUGGGGAGGUCAUAUGAUGAACUGGCGCAGGUACUCGGAUUUUCUCAAGAUGUGAGCAAGAAUCGUCAGAAUCACGAGAUGUUUGGGGAACUGUUGAAUGAUUUAAAUAACAAUGAAACAUCUAGCAGAACUAUAUUCUCGGACGCUCUAUUCAUCGAAGGGAAAUCAAAUCUCAGAGAGGCGUAUAGGAGUUACUUGUCAAGGGUUUACAACGGCGACGCCAUUGCUGUCGACUUUUCUGACAGAAGUACAGUUAGGGCAUUAAUUAAUGAAUGGGUUAGUAACAUGACUAAAGGAAAAAUUCCGGAUUUCCUUAAAGAAUCACUGCCAGCUGACACAAGGGCGGUGUUACUUAGCGCUUUAUAUUUUAUUGGACAGUGGGAAACCCCGUUCUUACCCGAGUACACGUUAAAAAUGAAUUUUACGACACCCAAGAACGAAGUUGAGGCUGACAUGAUGUUGAACUUAGGAAACUUCAAACACUUCUACUCCAUAGAAGAAGGUGUUCACAUGGUAGCCCUUCCUUAUAACGAUAGCAUCACAACUAUGUAUGUUUUAAAACCCAGACGACCUGACAAACAGAGUAUAAAUGAAUUAUUAAACAGCCUUAAUUACACAAGAAUAAAUAAAAUGAUCGAAGAAAUGUGCAAUCGAAAGUCCAUAAUAAGAUUUCCCAAAAUGGACCUCAAGGUUCACGCAAAUUUGGAAGAAGCUUUAAAACAAUUAGGCAUUCAAUCAAUGUUUAUUCCGGGCCAAGCGAAUUUCGCUCUUAUGAUAGAUGGGUCAAAGGCUAUAAACAAAACGGAAGAGGAAUUAUUGACAAGAAUUAAUGAUGGCGACGGACUGUCAAAAAUUAAAGAUUUAAAAAGCCUAAUCGAUGCACUCCCGAAUCCCGGAGUUUAUGUGGACUCCAUAUUGCACGAUGUCCGAAUAACUAUAGAUGAAUAUGGGACGGAAGCGGUCGCAGCGACAAGUGGUAUUUUGGCAAGGACGGCUGAGACGUUUUAUGCAAAUACGCCAUUCUACAUGUUCAUAAGAAAUGAGAAAACUAAACUAGUCACCUUCAGUGCUGUUGUCUAUGAUCCUACUACUUGA